UUAGAAAACACUGUACACUGUAUUAAACACUUUAAUAAUAUUUCUAUCUUUGUAUUGCAUUUAGUACUGUAUUAAUGUAUACAAUAUAUCGGUAUUAAAGUACAUAUGAUUUGACUUGAAUUGAAUAGAUAACAAUUGUUAACAAUGGCAUCGAUAACAUGGAUUCCCUCAAGAAGUUACAAAUUGAUUACUAUUGGAUUCAAUGCAAUCAAUGGACAUAACUUGAUAUCACGCAAGUUAUUACAAGAAGUACAAUCCAAAUGUCGAUUCAGUGGUAAUCCAAACAUUAUGCACACCAUUCGUGUCAAACAAGAUAUCGAUAGCAAACGCAAUACUAGUCUUUUAGGAGGAGGUCUCGACAAAAUCCAUGCACAACAUAGAAAGGGAAAGUUGACUGCAAGACAAAGAAUUGAUCUGCUAUUAGAUGCCAACAGUUUUGUUGAAUACGAUAUGUUUGUGGAGCACACGUGCACUGACUUCGGGAUGCAAGACAUGAAGUAUUCGGGUGAUAGUGUGGUCACUGGACACGGACUUAUUGACGGCCGUAAAGUAUUUGUUUUCAGUCAGGAUUUUACUGUUUUUGGUGGAAGUCUAUCGAGUGCUCACGCAAUGAAAAUAUGCAAAAUUAUGGAUCAGGCAGUUAAAGUAGGUGUUCCAGUGAUUGGCAUUAACGACUCGGGAGGCGCUCGAAUUCAAGAAGGAGUUGAAUCACUUGCCGGUUACGCCGAUAUUUUUUUACGUAAUGUCAAAUCAUCAGGAGUUGUGCCACAAAUUUCUGUAAUUAUGGGUCCCUGUGCUGGUGGAGCUGUCUAUUCACCCGCUUUGACUGACUUUAUAUUUAUGGUCAGAGAUACAUCUUAUCUUUUCAUCACUGGACCUGAUGUGGUUAAAGCAGUCACCAAUGAAGAUGUGACUCAAGAAGAACUGGGAGGCGCUAAGACACACACAACAAUGUCUGGAGUAGCGCACAGAGCUUUUGAUAACGACGUCGAUAUGUUAUUACAAUUGAGAAAGUUUUAUAGUUUUUUGCCACUUUCUAGUACACAACCCGCACCCAUCAGACAGUCAGAUGAUAAAUGGGAUAGAAUUGUUGAAAGUUUAGACACUGUCGUACCCUUGGAAUCCACGGCUGCCUAUAAUAUGUUGGACAUUGUUUUAGCUAUUGUUGACGAACACGAUUUCUUUGAAAUAAUGCCCGAUUACGCCAAGAAUUUAUUAAUAGGAUUCGCCCGAAUCAAUGGCGAGACUGUUGGUAUUGUGGGCAAUAACCCCAAAUAUGCUGCCGGAUGUUUGGAUAUCAACUCAUCAGUAAAAGGCGCCCGAUUUGUCCGAUUUUGUGAUGCUUUUAAUAUACCAAUUAUAACGUUUGUUGAUGUACCCGGUUUCCUUCCGGGAACAGCACAAGAAUACGGCGGCAUUAUUAGACACGGAGCCAAACUUUUAUAUGCUUUUGCUGAGGCAAAUGUUCCCAAAAUAACAGUUAUUACUCGCAAAGCAUAUGGAGGUGCUUACGAUGUCAUGAGUUCUAAACACUUGAAGGCCGAUGUCAACUAUGCCUGGCCUACGGCAGAGAUUGCUGUCAUGGGAGCCAAGGGUGCCGUUUCUAUAUUAUAUCGGGGAAAGACAGACACUCAACACUACGAACAACAAUAUAUUGAAAAGUUUGGAAAUCCAUUUCCCGCUGCCGUCAGAGGCUUUGUUGAUGACAUUAUUGAACCGAGAACUACAAGAAUGAGAAUCUGUAGAGAUUUGAAUCUUUUAAGAACUAAAAAAGUUGAAAAUCCAUAUAAAAAACACGGAAACAUUCCUCUCUAAUAACCAAUUGAUGACCAAUUGAUGACCUAAUGUUACACUCAUUUUUAUAUUGCAGAAUAAAUUCAAUCAAAAUGAUAGACAAAUUAUGAGAAUCUCGAUAAUCGACCGCAUCUUUCAUUAGAUAGAUUGAAACAAUUUGACUGAAUUGCCAUUAAUUACAACUAUUUUU